AUGUCUGUUUUCGAUGGAGAAAUCGAAUAUAGAUCAAUGUACAUGGUGGAUUUCGUUAAAAAAGAUAAACCAAAGAGUCCUCGUCGGAAAGCGAUAGACGAUGACUGCCUGAUUGUUGGAAUCAGUCGGGAUUCCUUAAAGGCUAGAGAUCAGCCGCGAAAGUGUCCCGACGUACUCUGUCCCAUAGACUUCGAGUACUACAAGAAGGCUGUUGAAAGAUUCGCAGACGACCAUCCGAAGCUGACGCAAAAGUAUAUGAUCAAAGAUGUGGAUCCGAUACCAAUCGAUCACGAGAUACAGGAUCUAAAGAGAACUGAAUAUCUUACUAAAUACUGUUCCAGAGAAUUACCAUUUAUGUCUGUUAAUCUAACACGUCGAGCUCGGGCCCUUCAGACCCUGCGACUCCCGGACGACAUAUACAUCCCUGACACGAGUCAGAAGGGGUCCUAUCGACAUCCGAAGCCAGAGAAAUAUGCUGAUCCUCCCUCUUCCUUAUCUAUGAAACCUAAAUUUGAUCCAUCUUUACAGAAGGAAUUGCGUAGAAUUCUCCGUGUUAGGACAGGAGACACUAGCUACGGUGUCGCUCACGGGCUGCUGGCUCAGGUUGUACUUGAACGUAACCCAUUCGGACCGGCUCGCGAAGAACCGAAAUAUGGAAGAUGGAAGAACCCUUACGGAUAUACUUAUAGAAUUUGA